AUGUCCACACCAGAGCAAGGCUCGCCGAGGUCGCCCUUGCGAGUGGAGACAAGGCCUACACGGGUGCUGGCCUGCGUCCUGUGUCAACAACGCAAGGUCAGAUGUGACCGUGGAUUUCCCUGCGCCAACUGUGUGCGAGCCCAAGCGCAGUGCGUGCCUGCAACUCAAGUCCGACGACGUCGCAGGUUUCCUGAGAGGGAACUGCUGGAACGUCUUCGGAGGUAUGAAGAUCUGCUGCGCCAGAAUAAUAUACAAUUUCAGCCCUUACACCAUUCUGUUGUGGAAAAGGCGUCUUCUACCAGAGAGGAUAGAAGCUAUGGUAGAACUAGUGAUGUAAAAUUGGAGCGAGAUUCGCAGGAAGAGGCGACCCCGGGAUCAGAGACAAAAUAUGAGGCCAAGAACUUCUGGAGUGUUAUGAAUCAAAUGUCUGUUGAUCCCGAAGAGGGUGAUACUAAUGACAGCGACAGAAGUAACGAGCAUGAUACAUCUCGCUUCGGUGUCCGUGAGACCAUCUUCAAAAAGACCUGGGAACUGGUGUAUGAUGGUGGCAGUCAAACCCUUCUGUUUGGUGCACGCAAGUUUGAUCUUAAAGUGUCAACAUUGCACCCAAAACAGGUCGAGAUCUUCCGACUCUGGCAGAUCUAUCAGGACAAUGUCAAUCCGCUACUAAAAGUGACCCAUACUCCUACUUUGCAAGCACGUAUCAUUGAUGCGGCCGCUGAUGUGGCUAAUAUAACACCGACCCUGGAAGCACUUAUGUUCAGCAUCUAUUGCCUCGCCAUUCUCAGUCUGUCAGAAGACGAGUGCCGGGCCCUGUUUGGAUCGUCAAGGGACGAUCUUCUGAAAGGCUACCAAUUUGCCUGUCAGCAAGCCCUCUUGAACUGCGAGGUGCUACGCACAAGUGACCGUGACUGCUUGACGGCCUUGUACCUUUACCUGAUCUCCGCCAGACAGCAAACGGAUCCUCGCUCCCUGUCGCUAAUAUUGAGCGUCGCCAUCCGUAUUGCACUGCGCAUGGGUAUCCAUUCCGAGUCCAGCUAUAGCAGGUAUACUGUUCUAGAAGGCGAAAUGCGCCGCAGAUUGUGGUGGUCGCUCGUCAUGUUCGACAAUCGGAUUUGCGAGAUGGCUGACCCCAAGUCCACGAAUCUGCUUCCCACUUGGGACUGCAGGACUCCCCUUAACGUGAAUGAUUUUGACCUGCAACCAGAGAUGAAGAGCAGGCCAGCCACACAUGGCAAUCCCUCCGAGGCACUCUUCGCCGUCGUGCGCAGCGAGACGGGCAAUUUCGUGCGCCGCAGCUCGUUCCAUCUAGACUUUACCAACCCAGCAUUGAAGAUCGUGGCCAAGGAGGACCCUCUUCCUGCGGCUGGUAGUCUGCCUGCUUUCGAAAGGAUGAUCGAGGAGAAAUAUUUUGCUUCCUGCAACCCCGAGAACCCUCUUCAUUUCAUGACAAUCUGGUCAACACGGGUUCAACUGGCGAAGAAUCGUCUUAUGGAUCAUUAUUCCAGGUAUUCGUCCGUACCGCAGACAGAGAGGCAGCGCGACACGGUGGUCGCCCACGCCCUGUGCAUGCUCGACUGUGAUACAAAGCUUAUGAACUCGCCUCUGACAAAAGGUUACCAGUGGUUCCUUUUUAUCCACUUCCCGGUUCCCGCGUAUUUCCACAUUGCUCAAGACCUGAAAAUGAGACCUACGGCAGGACACGCAGAACGAUGUUGGACAGCCCUGAGCGAUAAUUACGCCGCUCGCCUUGGAGCCUCGAAGAAAACGAAGAAUCCACUUUUUGAGUACCUUGGGCGGAUUCUUCUACAGGCUUGGGAGGCACGCGAGGGUGUACUAAGAGACCUUGCCAAGCCGCUGGAGCCACCAUACAUUGUGUCCCACAUGAGAUCCAAUAUGGGUCAGGAGUCAACCAGACCGACAGGGAAUGCUGAGCAGUCUACCAGUUCAUCGACGGCGAAUAUGAACGGCAGUUCGAUGCCUAAUUUCAUGGACUUUGGUGGUUAUGGCUUCCCGUACGGGCUGGAAGAACCAGGCUUUUUCGGUACGGGAUAUCCGAGUACAAAUGGGCAUCCUGCUAUGGACCUUGACUUCGACCAACCCGACUGGACUACGUUCGACUCGUAUUCGUUGCAAGGGCGAGGCUGGUAA